AUGCACCAACAAAUCAACCAUCGGCCGGCUGAGGUGGUGUCCGCUUGGUGGUCUGUCAUCUCUUUCAAGGCCGACGUCAGGUACGCUACACUAUUCGUACUGUCUCUACGGAUACAGAUAUGCGACUACGAAUACAAAGUACCGGCUCGAGGUUCAAAGUUCAACAGCGGGGCAACGCAGCGACAGAUGCCAAAACGCCAAGACAAAUUUUCAUGCCAACGCUCGAUGGGGCUCUUUAGGAUUGCACUCGAACCUGCAUGGCUUGUCCCUUACCUUAUCUCAAGGUUGGACAAGGUCAGGGUUUGCACGAGAUGUGCGCCGAUGCUCGCCUCAACUAAACUCCAUGGUUUGAAAUUCCACGAAUUUUUCUCAAGGUGUAAAGUUGCAUUGAUUGUACGGAUAUUUGCGCGACAGCUGCUUCUUCUUUUUUCCACUCCUCUUCUCGACCAAAAGAGGCACCGCAGCCAGGCUCCUACUCGACGAUCAUGCACAAUGACGAGCGACUCGAUUCCUAGUCGUAGCUCUCACGUUAGAUGGAACGCCCCUCCUCAGAUUCGAGAAGGAUGGUGUGGCUUACUCCAAGUUGAUCGCGCACAUCUGACGUCUUACAUGAAUGGUCUUACUUGGAGCUUCUUCUUCAACACAGCAAUUCCUCUCAAACCCGCAGGAGCCAGGAGUAGUAGCAUCAUCAUCAUCAUUAUCAUCAUCAGGUUCAAACUUGCCUUCGAAGCAUUUGAGUCCAUUUAUUUCUCGGCCAUAAUUCUACAGUGGAAGAAACAUAAUACGGAGUAUGGACCCGGGCCAGAGCAGUCAGAAGCAAGCAACAGCUGGAUUGACGACCACCCACAAUUUUCAUCGCAUUCCCGAAUCCCUUUAGCAGCUAUCUUUGUCAAUGAACCAAAGUCGCCAAAUUACGACAGUGGCCGCGUCUGUUCAAAGAUGAACAAUAAGACGGCAGGUUCUCUGAUUCAUGCCGGAUGGGACGUUUCUCCUAUUUUGCAGAGGCGCAAGAGUUCAGAGUUGCAGUUGGGUUCUCCAGCGCAAUCUUGGCCUGCUCCGCUUGUUUGUUUUGGCGCCCUGGACACGUUGGCUCUGCCUCGAAUACCAAAUACCAUCCCGUGCUCCCCUCGCACCGGAAUGGCGGAGGCAUCGGGGCCCUGGCCGAAUCGGACGGGCAUGGGCCACCCGUGGGACGUGGGUGAAGGAGACUGCGCCACGAAGGUCCAGACUUUGGACUUCCCGCGAAUGCCAGAAACCUACUGUUUCUCCAUGGUCGGUCGGCCUUGCCUUGUUGACCACGGGCACAUACGAUGCCAUGCCAUGUCAUGCUAUACUUUGGAUUCGUGCCCGUUCUCGGUUACCGCUCUGGGCGCCCUAGAUGCCCGGUCUCUUGACACAAAAUGUGCAAUAGUGUCCACAAAAAUGCCUGCCACCUUCGUUUUACCUAGUGCACGUCUCCUCUGGAUGCCUGACCGCAGUCCGAUUCCAAAGAAACUAGCCGCUCUGGAUUCGCAUCAAUCCGUGAUCAACCUGGGAGUACCACAGCUUUGCUCCGGUUGCUUGUCUCCCCAACAUCCGAGAGCCGACGAAACAUCAACAUCCAACCAUCAGCCAAUGCCGUCUAACACCGUCCACCAUCCGACCCGAGGCCUCUUCACCUCCGCAUCUUGCCCCGCAUCACGCGAAGCUGUCGGUGAAGUAGUCAACUACAGAAGACACAAACCUUAUCGUUUCUCAUCCGAAGAGCCGGUUUGCGUCUUGACUCGCCAGCUAAACAGAGCCCCAAAAGACUUCAAACUACCUUUCCAGUCCACUGCGGUAGUUGACUUGCAGCUGAGCCGGAGGUGGCCUUCCAAGCUGUCAAGUUUCGUCAACGACAUCGGACCCCAGCUAACCGACUCUCAACCUACUCGGUUCCCCCUCUCAGACUCGCAACUCGUGAUAUUCAGCUCGACCUUCACCCCUUCUAGAUUCUAG